AUGAGCUCCCAUGUGGGAGCUUCUAGUGUAAAUGUCUCGAACAGAGUUGGAUGUAGCGAAGCUGAGGAUGCUGGUGAGGAAACCAGUACUAAUGAGACUCACACACCAAAAGUGGAGAGAUCUAGGCAAAGGAGUGUAAAUCCAGCAGGCGAGGGAAGGUCAAGCAAUGUGCUGGUGAGACCUGUGCUGUCAGGUGGAAAAGCACGCAAAAAGACCUGCAGUGAGGACAACAAAGGAAGCUGGAGAGAGCAAAACCAAGACAGGGGCGAGGAGACAAUAACUGCUGGAGAUUUGGAAGGCAGAGAAAGAGGGAAAAGCAUGGAAAGAAGAAUGGCGGAAAGAGAUGAAACACAUGGAGAUGAAGCACAGUAUAGACAGAGAAGAGAAAGCACUGGAAGUUUGUCAAGUAAUAAUUCUGAUCAUCAGUUAAACAACAUUUUGGAACUUGGAGAAGGAUCGAGCAACUUGCAGAGAGGACACACCUGCUCUCGACUCCAGAGCACUGGCUGCAACUGGACCUUCACUUCCAGUUCAAACGCACUGUCCCGUCGGCCUGCUGCUCAUACCAGGUCCAUACCCCGGUCACCUCAGAGACCUUUAUCCAGACCAGCUGCAGGAGACUUGCACCUCUACUCACUAAGUUCAUUCAGGGAGCCAGAUCCAUUCUGGGUGGAGGUGAGACCAGGGUCAGCACCUGGGCGAUCUUUGACCUUCUAUGAGCUAAGAGGGGAGGGAGAGGAUGAGGGUGAUGAAGAGAACGUGGAGGAUGGUGAUGAAGGAGGCAGCGGGGUGGUAAGGGUGAUGAGUCAAAGCGUGACCUCAGCAGUGGCACAACCUUGUGUUCCUUGUGAGAGGAGGAUGAGUAAAAGGGAGAGGAACAGGAUUAAAAGUCUGAGGAGGAGACAGCGAAGAAGGGAGAAAUGGAGACAAAAUCAACAGCAAGAGAGCAGACAGGAAGAAAGUCCAGACCUACUCCCAAAUAAAAUGCUGUCGUGGGACCUCAGCAGUGAGGACGAUGAGGCCCUGACUACCGGGGACAGAGAGGGCUACAUCUGCGCUGUCUGCUUGGAUGUGUACUUCAGUCCUUACAUGUGCCACCCGUGCAAUCACAUCUUCUGUGAGCCCUGUCUUAGGACGCUGGCUAAGAACAGCCCCACUAAUACCCCCUGCCCCCUGUGCAGAACAAUCAUCACACAUGUUUUCUUCCAAAAAGAGCUAAACCAAACAGCAAGAACAUUCUUUCCAAAGGAAUACCUUUCCCGGAAACAGAACUUUCAGAAAGCAAGCUGUGCAAAGUGGCCUCUCCCGAGCUGCAGAAAACUCUUCCGCAUCUUUGGAGGCUUCCAGAGGCAGUCGAGUCCCAUUGCUAGACGCCAGUUCCCCCACGGAGAAGGCUACCCUCUGGACACCAUGGAUUUCGAGGAUGACACUCGUGGCUGGCGAUUUGACAUGGACAUGGUCAUCAUCUACAUCUACUCAGUGAACUGGGUUAUUGGGUUCUUCAUAUUCUGCUUUCUUUGCUAUUUCUUCUUCCCCUCUUUUUGA